AUGUCCAGCAAGAUCCAGUUCAAAGUCUACGAAAGUGCGGUGGAUCCGGCAAGGAUCCCAGGGCGAGCGCCCACCGUGCUGCUACUCGGGCCAUGGCAUGCUGGUACGCAGGGUCUCGCCGUCAACCUUUCCGAAGAGGGUUACCAGGUGGUGCUGGUCGAUGCUACUCCGAGUUCGGCCUCGAUCGAAGCGCUUCGACGCCGGCCAACGGCCCAUAACGAAGAUACGCCAGACACAGACGGCUGGUCCGUGGCACUUAAUCUCCUCCACCUCAUCGACGGCCAUGCCGGCGGGUGGAACAGGUAUACGGCGCUCAUCACGCUCGGUCUGCCAGAACGAGAUGUCGAUCUUCCGUCGAAGCUGCACAACGAAACAUCCAAAAAAGGAGGGCUGUCAGCGCACGUCGCCUACGGCCCUCAGCUGACGCAGUCGCAAGCCCUCGCCGCUGCUCAGCGCUCCGACUAUCCGCUGCUUCUCCACCUCGCGGAAGUGUCUCCGUUGAUUGGAAGGCUCGUCGAAGCGGCGAAGCGGGGAGACAUCUCGCACGAUGCGCUACCCUUCCAUCCUGAGCUGGGCAGCCUAACCGCCUCCGUAGGUCCGAUCAGACCAAAAUCCCUAUCCGUCUUCACAUACUCGGUGGAACACGAAGGAGAGCCCUCGCAGUGGGCGUGUGCAUUCCCCUUCUCCUCCAACACGAAGGACUACGCUUUCCCGUCGUCCUUCUCCCUCACGGAAGCCCACCGUUCUGCCGCAGCUCUAUCGUACACUCGCACCCUCACAACCCUUAAGUCCGCCAUGGGUCCCCGUUUCCCGCUCGAACAGCUAUGGGACCGCCACACCUACUACGAGUUCGCUACUCGCGACGCCGCCGCCACCAUGUCCACCAUGGUCUCUGAGCCCUACGUCAACCACGUCGCCUGCUUGACCGGCGGCUCUGGCUUCACCCAGCUACACCGGUUCUACGAGCACCAUUUCACAACCGUCAGCCCCCCGGACACGCAGCUGAUCGGCCUAUCGCGCACCGUAGGGGUGGACAGGAUCAUCGACGAGAUGGUCUUCACCUGCACACAUACGACGAUGAUCGAUUACUUUUUGCCGGGUGUGCCGCCCACGGGCAAGAGGCUCAGGAUACCGAUGGUGGGGAUAGUCAAUUUGAGAGGGGACAAGCUGGCUUACGAGAGUCUGUAUUGGGAUCAGGCGAAUGCGUUGGUGCAGCUGGGACUGGUUGACCCGGUGAAGAGCUCGAUGGUGGAGGGAGUGAGGCUGCCCGUGGCGGGUGACGAGGUGGCACAGAAGAUCCUCCACCCAUAG